CGCGGUCUCUCAGCACAACAACAACACAACGUUUGCAUCAUGGCGGACCAGACCGCCCGCCAGCUUCAGUAUGAGUACAAGGCGAACUCAAACCUUGUGCUUCAAGCAGAUGUACGGCUCAUCGAGCGGCGCAGCAAAGAUGAGGCGACAGGCGAAGUCAUGUCCCUUACAGGCAAGCUGGAAGGGACGCGCAUGGGUGACCGCUACCAGCGCACAAAGCCACAGCAACCAAAGGAGGAGCAGCGGCGGUCCAAGAAACAGAAACGUGAGGAGACACCAACCAUCGCCGUCAAGAACAUGAGCAUCCUGGAGCUGGAUGACAUGGCGGACAUCUUCUACCGCCCCAAGAGCACAGAGACCAAACAGACUUACGAAGUGAUCCUGUCCUUCAUCCAGGAGGCGCUCGGAGACCAGCCACGCGAUGUGAUGUGUGGUGCCGCGGAUGAGGUACUGGCAGUGCUGAAAAACGACAAGUUGAAGGACAGAGAGCGCAAGAAAGAAACGGAGGAGCUUCUCGGAUCCCUGGCAGAGGAACGGUUUGCAGUGCUUGUCAACCUUGGUAAAAAGAUCACUGACUUUGGCCACGACUCCAAGACAGUCGCCAGUGAGGCUGUGCUGGAUGAGACCCAUGGUGUCAAUGUCCAGUUUGAGGACUCAGAGGAAGAAGAAGAGGAGGACGUGGCUGGGGAGGUGGGAGAGGAGGAGGAGGAAGAGGGGGAGAAUGAAGAAGCAGUGACCAAUUCCCAUGCCAUUCAUGCCGAGAGCCUGGCUGGCAGGGAGCAAGGUGGUGCCAAGAAGGAACGCACGCUGUCGCCACACGAUAUUGGCGCUCACUGGCUACAGCGGGAGCUGAAUCGCUUUUAUAACGACCCCAUCCAAGCCCAGACCAAGUCCAGUGAUGUUCUGGAAAUCCUCAAGUCUGCCAAGGACGACCGAGAGUGUGAGAACAAGCUGGUGCUCAACUUGGGCUACGACAAGUUUGAGUUCAUCAAGGUGCUGUGCAAGAACCGGCAGAUGGUCCUCUACUGCACGCUGCUCGCCUCAGCCCAGUCUGAAGGGGAGAAGGAAGACGUGCGGCGCAUCAUGAUGGCAGAGCCCAGCCUGAAGCGGAUCCUGGCGCUCCUGGAGAAUGAGGAAGAGGCGAUGGAUGUCUCCAAGGAUGGUGAAGACACGGGGGGAUCACGGCCGCGCAGGAUCAACACGGAGGCCAUGGAGACAGACGACAAGAGUGGCCAGGUGUCCGGCCACAGGGAGUACAUAGACUUGGAGAGCCUCGUCUUUGCUUCGGGCUCCCAUUACAAUUCCAACAAGAAGUGCCACCUUCCCGAAGGCUCCACGCGGCAGAUGAAGAAAGGCUACGACGAGAUACACGUCCCAGCCCUCAAGCCCAAGCCCUUCGCGCCAGACGAGACCUUGGUGCCCAUCGCCAACCUGCCGGCGUAUGCCCAGCCAGCGUUUGACGGCUUCAAAAACUUGAACCGCAUCCAGAGCAAGCUGAACACAGCCGCCAUGGAAAGUGACGAGAACCUCCUGCUGUGUGCUCCAACAGGUGCUGGCAAAACCAACGUGGCACUGCUCACCAUUCUGCGGGAGGUCGGCAAGAACACCAACGCUGAUGGCACCAUCAACUCCGAGGCUUUCAAGAUCAUCUACGUGGCUCCCAUGCGCUCCCUCGUCACAGAGAUGACACAGAACUUUUCCAAGAGGCUGGAGCCAUAUGGCCUCAAGGUUGGGGAGCUGACGGGAGACCACCAACUCACCCGGGAGCAGAUCAUGGAGACGCAGAUCAUCGUGUGCACGCCGGAGAAGUGGGACGUCAUCACCCGCCGCGGGGGGGAGCGCGCCUACACACAGCUGGUGCGGCUCAUCAUAUUUGACGAGAUCCAUCUCCUGCACGAUGACCGCGGCCCCGUCCUGGAGGCACUCGUUGCCAGGACACUGAGGAACGCGGAGACCACUGGGGACGCAGUGAGGCUGGUGGGGCUGUCCGCCACACUCCCCAACUACGAGGAUGUGGCUGCCUUCCUGAGGGUCAACCUGAAGACCGGCCUCUACUUCUUUGACAACAGCUUCCGGCCCGUGCCACUCUCCCAGCAGUACAUCGGCAUCACAGAGAAGAAGGCCAUCAAGCGCUACCAGGUGAUGAAUGACAUCCUCUAUGAGAAGGUGAUGGAGCAUGCCGGCAAGAACCAGAUCCUGAUAUUUGUCCACUCCAGGAAGGAGACAGGAAAGACAGCCAAGGCCAUCCUGGACAUGUGCCUGGAGAAGGACACUCUCGGGAACUUCCUGCGUGAGGGCUCGGCGUCCACAGAGGUGCUGCGGACAGAGGCGGAGCAGGUGAAAAACAACGACCUCAAGGGUCUCCUGCCCUAUGGGUUUGCCAUCCAUCACGCCGGAAUGAACCGCGUUGACCGUAACUUGGUGGAGGACCUGUUUGCCGACCGACAUAUCCAGGUGCUGGUGUCCACGGCCACUCUGGCCUGGGGUGUCAACCUGCCGGCCCACACCGUCAUCAUCAAGGGGACGCAGGUGUACGAUGCCAGCAAGGGCCGCUGGGUGGAGCUGGGAGCGCUGGACAUCCUGCAGAUGCUGGGUCGAGCUGGUCGACCCCAGUACGACACGAAGGGUGAGGGCAUCCUGAUCACCAACCACUCAGAGCUGCAGUACUACCUCUCCCUCAUGAACCAGCAGCUGCCCAUCGAGUCCCAGCUGCUCUCCCGCCUUCCUGACCUGCUCAACGCCGAGAUAGUCCUGGGAACAGUGCAGAGUGUGCGGGAGGCGGCGGCCUGGCUGGGCUACACCUAUCUCUACGUGCGCAUGCUGAGGAGCGGCACACAGUACGCCGUGCAGGGGGACACCUCCGACAAGUACCUCCAGCAGCACCGGGCAAACCUGAUACACUCCGCUGCCCUCAAGCUGGAGAAGAGCAACCUCAUCAAGUAUGACAAGAAGUCCGGCCAUUUCCAGGUGACCGAGCUCGGACGCAUUGCCAGUUACUUCUAUAUCACCUGCGAGACCAUGAACGUGUACAACCAGCAGCUCAAGCCCACCCUUAGCGAGAUAGAGCUGUUCCGUGUGUUUUCCCAGAGCUCGGAGUUCAAGAACAUCAUGGUAAGGGAGGAGGAGAAGCUGGAGCUGAAGAAGCUGAUGGAGCGCGUUCCCAUCCCCAUCAAGGAGAGCGUGGAGGAGCCCAGUGCCAAGGUGAACAUCCUCCUCCAGGCAUACAUCUCUCAGCUCAAGCUGGACGGGUUCGCACUCAUGUCAGACAUGGUGUAUGUCACACAGAGUGCCGGCCGGCUCAUGCGGGCCAUGUUUGAGAUCGUGCUGCACCGUGGGUGGGCCCAGCUUGCAGACAAGACCCUCAACCUGUGCAAGAUGGUGGACAAGCGCAUGUGGCAGUCCAUGUCUCCCCUCAGGCAGUUCAGGAAGAUACCCGAGGAGGCCAUCAGGAAGCUGGAAAAGAAGAGCGUGCCAUGGGAGCGUCUGUAUGACCUGGGCCCCAAUGAGAUUGGAGAGCUCAUCCGCAUGCCCAAGGGAGGCAAGAUGAUCCACAAGUACAUCCACCAGCUGCCCAAGCUGGACCUGGAGACGCACAUCCAGCCCAUCACCCGCCAGAUGCUCAAGGUGGAGCUCACCAUCACGCCAGACUUCAAGUGGGACGAGAAGGUGCAUGGUCGCUCGGAGGCCUUCUGGGUCAUGGUGGAAGAUGUGGAUGCAGAGAACAUCCUCCACCACGAGUAUUUCCUCCUCAAGCAGAAGUUUGCCGAGGAUGAGCACGUCAUCAAGUUCUUUGUGCCGGUCUUUGAGCCGCUCCACCCGCACUACUUCAUCCGCAUUACAUCGGACAAGUGGCUGUCAGCAGAGACCCAGCUGCCCGUGUCCUUCCGUCACCUGAUCCUCCCGGAAAAGUACCCACCCCCCACUGAGCUGCUGGACCUUCAGCCACUCCCCAUCACUGCCCUCCGCAACCCCCAGUAUGAGUUACUCUACCGCACCCUCAACAAGCAGCAGCAGUUCAACCCCAUCCAGACACAGGUCUUCAAUGCCACCUACAACUCCGACGACAGCGUGUUCGUGGCCGCCCCAACCGGCUCCGGCAAGACCCUAUGUGCUGAGUUUGCCAUCCUGCGCACCUUCAGCCAGGACGAGAAUGCCCGCUGCGUCUAUGUGGCCUCUAAGGAUGAAAUAGUGGAGAGCAUGUAUGAACACUGGCAGGAUAGGUUCAGCAGCCUGGAUAAACGGGUGGUGCUGCUGACCGGUGAGACAGGGGCCGACCUCAAGCUGUUGAACAAGGCAAACAUCGUCGUCAGUACGGCCGAGAAGUGGGAUGUGCUCUCCCGGCGCUGGAAACAGAGGAAGAACGUACAGAACAUCAGCCUCUUCAUCGUGGACGAGCUCCAGCUGAUGGGUGGCUCAGAUGGCCCCACACUAGAAGUGGUCUGCUCCAGAAUCCGCUACAUUGCCUCCAAGAUCAGCCGUCACAUCCGCAUCGUGGCUCUCAGCUCCUCCCUGGCCAACGCGCGUGAUGUGGCUCAGUGGCUCGGCUGCUCCUCCAACUUUACCUUCAAUUUCCACCCUAAUGUGCGGCCUUUGCCUCUGGAGCUGCACAUCCAGGGCUUCAACAACCCACACAACGCCUCUCGUCUGUAUGCCAUGGCCAAGCCGGCAUACCUGGCCAUCCUCAGACACAGCCCCCACAAGCCCGCCAUGGUGUUCGUGCCGUCCCGCAAGCAGAGUAUGAUAACGGCCAGUGACCUGCUCACCUUCGCCGCGGCAGACAAGGAGCCGCAGCGCUUCCUUCUGGUGAGUCCAGAGGAGGUGGCCGAGCUCCUGCCACAGAUUGGGGACGAGAUGCUGCGCGAGCUGGUGGGACAAGGUGUCGGGUACCUGCAUGAGGGGCUGACAGCGAGGGACCGACGGCUGGUGGAGCGGCUGUUUGAGGCGGAGGCCAUCCAGGUGGUGGUGGUGAGUCGUGCUCUGUGCUGGGCCAUCACUGCACCGGCGCACCUUGUGGUCAUCACCGACACACAAAGCUACAACGGCCGCCUCCACACAUAUGAGGACUACCCCAUCACCGACACCCUGCAGAUGGUGGGACGUGCCAACAGACCCACCGAGGACGAUGAGGCCAAGUGUGUCCUCAUGUGCCACUCCUCCAAGAAGGAUUACUUUAAGAAGUUCCUCUACGAGCCACUGCCCAUCGAGAGUCACCUUGACCACGCCCUCCACGACCACUUUAACGCCGAGAUCGUCACCAGAACCAUCGAGAACAAGCAGGAGGCGGUGGAUUACGUCACGUGGACCUUCCUGUACCGACGCAUGACCCAGAACCCCAACUACUACGGCCUGCAGGGCGUGUCACAUCGCCACCUCUCUGACCACCUCUCAGACCUGGUGGAAUCGACACUGCACGACCUGGAGGAGUCUCGCUGCAUCACCAUCGAGGACGACAUGGACACGGCGCCACUCAACCUGGGCAUCAUUGCCUCCUACUACUACAUUAACUACACCACCAUCGAGCUCUUCAACAAGUCACUCAACAGCAAGACCAAGAUCAGAGGACUCCUAGAAAUCAUAUCCAGCGCUGCAGAGUACGAGAGUGUCCCCAUCCGCCAUGGGGAGGAUGACGCGCUCCGCCGCCUCGCCCAGAAGGUCCCCAACAAGCCUGAGGGGAAGGUGUCCGACCCUCACACCAAGACCAACCUCCUCCUGCAGGCACAUCUUUCCCGUCUCACCCUGAGCGCCGAACUCCAGCAGGACACAGAGCUGGUUCUUGGCCGUGCUCUGAGGCUCAUCCAGGCCUGUGUUGACGUCUUAUCCUCCAACGGGUGGCUGGCGCCUGCCCUGUCAGCCAUGACCUUGGCCCAGAUGGUCACCCAGGCCAUGUGGUCAAAGGACUCCUACCUAAAGCAGCUGCCACACUUCAACGGCGAGAUCGUGGAGCGCUGCGAAGCCAAGGAGGUCACGUCCGUUUUUGAUAUUCUGGAACUCGAAGACGACGACCGUAACCGCCUCUUACAGCUAUCUGAUGCCCAGAUGACUGACGUGGCACGCUUCUGCAACCGCUACCCCAGCAUCAACCUGGACUAUGAGGUGAUGGAGGCUGACGGCAUCACCAGCGGCUCGAUGGUGAACGUGGAUGUAGUGCUUGAGCGUGAGGACGAGCCAGGCCCUGUCAUCGCGCCUCUGUUCCCACACAAGCGCGAGGAGGGCUGGUGGGUGAUCAUUGGGGACCCUAAACCCAACUCCCUCAUCUCCAUCAAGCGCCUUACCUUGCAGCAGAAGGCUAAGGUCAAGCUGGACUUUGUGGCGCCCAGCGAGGGGUCAUACGAAUACCGUCUCUACUUCAUGAGUGACGCGUACAUGGGCUGUGACCAGGAGUACAAGGUGCCUCUCAGGGUGAGGGAGGCGGAGUCGGAAUCAGAGUCAGAUAGUGAUUAAUGGGCGUUGGCUACAUUCUCUAAAUGGACUCAUUGGCAUCCCCGUUCUGUGGGUUGGUGAGGAGAGUUGUGCAGUGUGGCAGGGUGAAAACUGAGUCUGUAUUGCAACUGGAAGAUAAAUGAAUCUUUGUACUGUGAGUGAAUGAGAUGGUUUACAACAGGAUGAGGUGAAGAAAACAAGAUAAGAAAGGGUAUAAUGUUGAAGCCUUUGAAAGAAGACAGAAAGAUAUGCACAGAGACAGAUUAUGUAUCAGUGAAGAGUUUACUGCUAAGAUUUAAGACACUGAAGAAUUAAUCAGUGAAAUGUAUUCCUUACUGUUUCAUGAUGCCUCCAUGUAGCGAAAAGCCUUGUAAACUUUUAAAAACAAUUCCCUCAAGGUAUGUGAUAUAAUUUACUGUAAUAUCAGAUAUUACUGUAGUCAUAUGAUUCUAUUAGGAACGAUAUCCACAACUGUAAUGUUUGUUACAGUAACCAGUUUCACGUGCAGUUUUUCUGCCCAUGAAAUACUGAAAUGCUAAGAUUUAAAGGCCCUGAAGAAUUAAUCAGUGGGGAAUAUUCCUUAAUUUGGUGUUGGGAUGUGACUGGCCAAGAAGAAUGAGAAAGUUCCCAGUAGCCCUUACAUAGACUGUCUGUGUUAUUACUUCAGUGCUGUGUGUGCAAAGAUAAAGUCCGCAAAUAUUUAUAUGGGUAGGACCAGGAGGAAAGAUAGUCCCCACAAGCCUCAUGGAGGCUGAGUGCAUAAUUUUUUCUAUUUCAAUGCUGUGUGUAGAGGGACAUUGGAGGAGUGGAAGGCACAGACUCGCCCUCUGAGCUAUCACGUGUGGUAUGAUGAUAUUGUUAUUAUUAUGCCAUACCAUGCAUAACUAUGUAGCCCUUAUCCAUACUGUGCCUGUCUUAUCACAAUGCAGUGUGUACAGGGACAGAAUGGAGUUAAGGGUAUGUACUUGCUGUCAGAGCAGUCAACUGUGGCCUCCUAGUUGUUACUGUAUAUAACAGUGUAGCAAUCAGCUCAGCAGUGGUAGUGGGAAGGGAGAGGGAAAAAUCAAUGAUAUAUACUUAGCUUUUGACCAGUCAAGUAUGGUAUAGUAAUUAUUAUAUUCCUGCAGCUGUUGAGUUGAAUUUCAGCAGUGUUGGUGUCCUUGUUGCCAGACAUUCGACAAACUGCUUCCCUCUGUUUAGUGGAGAGCAGCUUGGUGUGUGUUGCCUGGAAGGGCAGAUAAGACUGCCAAGUACCUGAAGCACACUAGGGACUCGGAGGACUGUUGAUGCUAGCACUACAUUCCUUGCUUCAUUGUCCCAGAAUAGAGGCAUUGCAUUGCAGACAGUUUGGUCCUUUUUUGUAAUAAUGACAAAUCGUACAUAUAGUUAAUAAACUUAUAAACAUUA